GGGGUGGCGAGAGAACCGCGAGUUCGCCGAGCAGCGGUUCCGAGGAGAAUGGAUUCGUGCAUCGGCCUAGGGUCGCCGGACUCUACGCUAACCUCAGCAGGGAAGAGUUGGACCGCGUCUCCGAGGAGGGAAUAUACGGGCCAAGCGGCGACCCCAACGACAGGAGGGAGGCCUCGGGGAGUCAGAGGAGCCUGAAUCUCCCGUCCACCGGUACCGGGGGUCACCCGCGUCCUCAAAGGAUAUCGAGGACCCCCCAACCCCCGCGAAGAUCGGCGGGAUACGGGGGCGGCAGACGACCCGAAAAGCCUCGGAGGUCCUCGCCCGGAGGUCUGGGACGGUCCGGAUACGCGGACGACAUCCCCGUGCGGAGUUCGUUGACCUCUUUGACGUCGCGGGAGGGAGAGCGGGGAUCGGCGGAGCUGGGAAAUAUCUCCGGCGAACCGGAAGCGCCGCCGAGGAGACCCACGGAUUUCGGUUCCUCGGCGAGCGUCCACCAGACUCUUCGACGCCGCGACGUCAACGACGACUACGACGAUUCCAACGUCAGAAAAUCGCCGCCUCCCUACGCGGGCCUCAGCCCUCCCGAGUACGAAUACGGGGACACCUUGUCGCCGCUUUUUCCGAGGUGCGGCGGACCAUCGUCCGCCAGGUCUUACGCGAGCUCGUCGUGUUACUCCGAGUCGAAACAACGCGCCCGCGACGACGUCCUGCCGGGUUUCUCUUCCUACGAUCCCAGGGCGGGGAUUCGAUCGGAGUCGACGGAUUCCACGAGGCAAGACGACCACUUCCUGAGCCCCCCGGAAACCGCCGCUCACACCCCGGUGCCACCGGCCUUUCAGGAGAAAACCAGUCCGGCCCACUGUUCGUCGUCGGUGGAAGUUUCGCCGCGAACGAGGAUCACCGCCAAGCCUCAAGACGGUACCAGGCUGAGGCCUCCGUUGUCCGGGAUAGCGGGAACAUCCGCGGAUUCCGGAACGGGGGAUUCGGGGAGCGCCGAAAUUCAGGCGGACGCGAUCGGACCCCCCCAACCGCAGCCCGGCUCCUGUCACCCCGACAAUUUGAGCGUGCGGAACGUCCCCGUCGACAAAAAAUCCCCCGGUGGUGUGAACAAAGGUGGAGGUGCCGUGAAGCAAACUGUAAAGCCUUUCACCAAGGAGAGUCUCGAUCGACUCGAAAACCGAACUGUUCAACUGGUACGCGAGUAUGGAUUUCAACCGCGAAGAAAAACUUCCGUCGAAGACGGCGCCGUGCUUCCACACAAGUUCGAGCCCUUUCCUUCCGACUUGUACGGCCGACCGUUGGAGGAAAUUGACAAUUUCAUUUACGACGAGACGUUCUGCGUGGUGUCCAAAAGGUUUCGCAAGAAUUACAUUCAUAGGUUCACGGCGACGAAUAGUUGGUUCUUUUUUUCGCCCUGGAACCGCGUGAGACGGUGCUGUAUCUUCCUGAGUACGAAUCAGUACUUCGAUUACGUUGUCAUGGCCACAAUUCUCCUAAACUGCGUCUUCCUGGCCAUGACUGAGACCGUGGAGGAAGCCGAGUAUAUCUUCUUGGCGAUUUACACGGGUGAAAUGGUGAUCAAAUCGAUCGCUAAGGGUUUCAUAUUGAACAAAUACACAUACCUGAGAAAUCCGUGGAACUGGCUGGAUUUUUUAGUAAUCACCAGCGGUUACGCAACCAUCGGAAUGGAGGUUGGAAACCUCGCGGGGUUGAGAACGUUCAGGGUGCUCAGGGCGUUAAAGACGGUUUCCAUCAUGCCCGGUCUGAAGACCAUCAUCAACGCGUUGCUGCACAGCUUCAAGCAGCUCGCCGAGGUCAUGACGUUGACCAUAUUUUGUUUAAUGGUCUUCGCCCUCUUCGCCCUUCAAGUUUACAUGGGCGAAUUGAGGAACAAGUGCGUCAGACAGCAGGAUCCAAACGACACUCAAGUGGACUGGUACGAGUGGAACUGGAACUCCUCCAACUGGGCCUUCAACGAAGCGGAGGAGCCCAUCAUCUGCGGCAACGUAACCGGCGCCAGACACUGCAAUGAGAGUUACACGUGCCUGUGCGUCGGACCGAAUCCCAAUCACGGUUACACGAAUUUCGACAACUUUCUGUGGUCGAUGCUGACCACCUUUCAACUGAUAACUCUCGACUACUGGGAGGAUGUCUAUAACAAGGUAUUGUCGGCGUGCGGACCUAUCAGCGUCUCGUUCUUCACGGUGGUCGUGUUCUUCGGAUCGUUUUACCUCAUCAACCUGAUGCUCGCUGUGGUGGCAUUGAGCUACGAAGAAGAGGCCGAGAUCACGAACGAGGAACGGAGGAAGGACCUGACCGACCACCGUGAGGACUCGACGUUUAGUUUCGACCCGACAAAGAUCAACAUCAAGACCCUCACGAAGGACAAACAGAAGAAAAUUGACGCCCGAAAAGGAGUUCUACUGAGCAGUUACACCAGGAAAAAAACGAGGAGAAGAAAACGCGGUAGGAGUUCGGCGGGCCAGGAGAAAAACGGCGGUACACGCAGCAGGUCAGUGACGCCGAGCCCGAGUCCGAGUCCUCGGCACUCGAGUGUUCGGCCGUCUCAUCUCCCGCUGCAGGUAGUCGCCGCGACGCGUCCCGUCGACCCGGGAAUCGUCCACCGUCUGGCCCCGCACAGGGGUAUGUUGCAUUCCCGGCAGGCGAGUAACAACAGCAACCAGCAAUCGUCACUGGACGAUUCCGGAGUGGUGGACGACCACGAGGGCGACCACGACGGCGACGACGUCACCUCGGCCGAGGAACACGAGCGCAGGGAGCACCGGGUCGAUCGGCAGGAACGGCUAGCCGUCGAGCAAAGGUGUCGCCCGGACAACGAGAAGCAUCGUCAACAGCAGCAGCCCCCCCAACAACCGUCCGUCACACAGCCGGUCACCGUCGCCGUCCGUACGACCAACAGAGAGAUAAGGGUCCUCAAAUGCAACGGAAUAAAGACGAAAAAGCACAAUAUGUACACCCUGCCUCCCGACUACUUGUCUCACAUCGUUGUUUUAGAUGAUCUUCCAGACAGAAAUUGCGACCGAUGCAUUCAGUGUUGCGUCGACUACGACGGGUGGCUGAGGUUUCAGAACUGCCUUUAUAAGGUGGUGAGAGAUCCACUGUUCGAGCUGACGAUAACGUUAUGCAUCGUUUUGAACACGGGAUUUCUAGCUAUGGAACACCACGGGAUGAGUGAAAAUAUAAGGCAAGCUUUGAACAUCGGUAACAAAGUGUUCACGAGUAUAUUCACGUUCGAAUGUUUCCUGAAACUUCUGGCUCUCAGUAAAGACUUCUUCAACAAUGGAUGGAACAUAUUCGACCUGAUAAUCGUCUCCGCGUCCCUGAUCGAUCUGACAUUCGAACUGGUCGACGGUUUGUCGGUAAUCAGAGGGCUCAGAUUAUUGAGGGUACUUAAACUCGCGCAAUCUUGGACAACGAUGAAAGUGCUGCUCAGUAUUAUUAUCUCGACUAUCGGCGCCCUGGCUAACCUGACCUUCGUACUCGUCAUAGUUAUAUACAUAUUCGCCGUGAUCGGUAUGCAGCUGUUCAGCAAGGAUUACACAUUGGACAAGUUUUAUCCGGAUCCGGUGCCCAGAUGGAAUUUCAACGACUUCUUUCACUCGUUCAUGAUGAUCUUCCGAAUACUGUGCGGCGAGUGGAUAGAACCGUUAUGGGAUUGCAUGAGAGCGGAAAAGGACGAGGGUCCCGAAACAUGCUUCGCGAUAUUCCUGCCAGCCUUGGUCAUGGGCAAUUUCAUGGUCCUCAACCUCUUCUUGGCCUUGUUGCUCAACAGUUUCAAUUCCGAGGAGCUGAAACAGAAGAAGGAGGAAGUCGGCGAGGACUCGAAGCUGGCCAGAUCCUUCGACAGGAUACGGUCGAUCGUCAGAAAGAAGAAAUACCGUCGAGAAAAUUCCGAGAACGAGAAAAACACGAGGCUGGAACAAAUCGUUCGAGAAGUUAUGGACAAGUCGGACAAGGAGAAAUACGCCAUUCAGGAGACGGUGUUAAGCUUACCCAAGGAAAACAUCUACAAUCGAUCUUACCAGGAGAGUUUGAACCAACCAGUUUUUAGUUAUGAUCCGAUGUACCGCCAAGCCACCGUAACGACUUACAGUCAAAGCAGUCAGGAAACUGUGAGGGAAAACAAGAAGCCCGAAGACAAGGGGGAUAGCAACGAAACCAACCAAGAGGAAAGCAUAGAAUUAGAAGUUCUUAACAAGGACUCCGGCAAACCCGACGAAGAAGUUGCCAUGCUCCCCGAGAAGGACGCGGCCGUGCGGAUGGACGAAACUUCCGAGAAGAGGCCGUGGCACGCGUUGGUCAGCUACGUGGACGAAUUGACCGUAGGGGGAAGAAGGGACAGCAAGGGGAGGUAUAUCGACGGGAUGGGCUCGUUCCCCGGCUUUGGUAGAAACAAACAAGCGAAAACACCGCAGGACUGUUUUCCUCAGCAUUGUUAUCAGAAAUGUUCCUGUAUCGACCGUUGCAUCGCGACCGAUCUCGGCGGCAAGUGGGUCCGGGUUAGAACGGCCGUUUUGUCGGUGGUAGACACCCCCGCUUUCGAAUGGAUGGUCUUAGUCCUGAUAUUCGCAUCUUCCAUCACCCUUUGCUUCGAGGACAUAUACCUGGACGAUAAUCCCUUUUUAAAAAAGAUAUUGUACUGGACGAAUUUGGGAUUCUGUGCUCUGUUCAGUAUCGAAAUGAUUUUAAAAUGGCUGGCUCUCGGAUUUUGUAAAUACUUUACAAGUUUCUGGACAAUCUUGGAUUUUAUCAUCGUUUUCGUAUCCAUCUUUAGUCUUUUGAUAGAGGAGAAUGAAAAUCUGAAGGUGCUGCGCUCGUUGAGGACUCUCAGGGCACUCAGGCCAUUGAGAGCAAUCUCAAGAUGGCAAGGCAUGAGGAUCGUAGUGAACGCGUUGAUGUACGCAAUACCUAGUAUUUUCAACGUGCUCCUCGUCUGUCUCGUGUUCUGGCUAAUUUUCUCAAUAAUGGGGGUGCAAUUUUUCGGCGGUAAAUUCUUCAAAUGCAUCGACGACAACGGAGAACUAUUGCAAAAUCUAUCGUUAGUGAAUACGAAACAAGACUGCUUGAAUCUCAAUUACUCAUGGGAAAAUAGUAAGAUAACGUUCGACCACGUGGGAAUCGCCUACCUGGCAUUGUUUCAAGUCGCCACAUUCGAAGGUUGGAUGGAAGUGAUGGAAGACGCAGUCGACGCCAGAGGCGUCGACCUCCAGCCCAUGAGGGAGGCAAAUUUGUCCGCGUACCUUUAUUUCGUCGUUUUUAUCGUCUGCGGCUCGUUCUUCACGCUCAAUCUCUUCAUCGGAGUUAUUAUAGACAACUUCAACAUGCUCAAAAAGAAGUACGAAGGUGGAGUGCUAGAAAUGUUUCUGACCGAAAGUCAGAAGCACUACUACACUGCCAUGAAAAAACUCGGUCGCAAAAAGCCACAAAAAGUUAUUAAGCGACCGAUGAAUCAAUUUCUCGCGAUGUUCUACGACCUCUCCAACUCUAGAAGAUUCGAAAUAGCGAUUUUCGUAUUGAUAUUUCUGAAUAUGCUGUCCAUGGGAAUCGAACACUACAGCCAACCGCACGCGGUAUUUUUCGUGCUCGAAGUAUCGAACGCAUUUUUCACGACGGUCUUCGGAUUAGAAGCUAUCGUUAAAAUCAUCGGACUGCGAUAUCAUUAUUUCACGGUUCCGUGGAACCUCUUUGACUUUUUAUUAGUGUUGGCGUCGAUUCUCGGUAUCCUAAUGGAAGAUAUCAUGAUGGACUUCCCCGUGUCCCCGACGCUCCUGCGAGUCGUGAGGGUGUUCAGAAUCGGAAGGAUCUUACGACUCAUUAAAGCUGCUAAAGGAAUAAGAAAAUUAUUGUUCGCGUUGGUCGUCAGUCUGCCGGCGCUAUUCAACAUCGGCGCACUUUUAGCCCUGAUAACGUUCAUUUACGCGAUUAUCGGCAUGUCGGUCUUCGGCCACGUCAGAAAACAGGGCGCGUUGGAUGAUAUGGUAAAUUUCGAGACUUUUGGGCGAAGCAUGCAGCUGCUGUUUCGCUUGAUGACGUCAGCUGGAUGGAAUGACAUCCUCGAGUCUCUGAUGGUCCAACCACCCGACUGCGACCCAACGCCGAAUAGCCGACAAUCGAACGGCGACUGCGGAUAUCCUCUUUUGGCGAUCACCUACUUCACCUCGUUCAUAAUAAUCAGUUACAUGAUCGUCAUCAACAUGUACAUCGCCAUAAUACUCGAGAACUUCAAUCAAGCGCACCAAGAGGAGGAGAUCGGUAUAGUUGAGGAUGACUUGGAAAUGUUCUACAUCAGAUGGUCGAAAUACGAUCCGCACGCGACACAGUUCAUCCGUUUUUCGCAGCUGAGCGAUUUUAUCGCGAGUCUAGACCCACCGCUGGGAAUAUCAAAGCCCAAUGUAGUAGCGUUGGUGAGCUUUAAUCUUCCCAUUGCGAAGGGUAACAAGAUCCAUUGUCUGGACAUCCUGCAUGCGCUCGUCAAGCACGUCCUCGGGCACGUGGAGGAAUCGGAAGAUUUCAGAAAGUUGCAGGAGCAGAUGGACGUCAAGUUCAAAAAACAGUUCCCCACGAGAAAGGAACUCGAGAUCGUGUCUUCCACGAGGAUAUGGAAGAGACAGGACAAGGCGGCCAGGCUGAUACAGCACACCUUCCGUGAAUACGUCAGGAUGAAAAAGGAACGCGAACGCAUCGCCCACGAGGUGGAUUCCCAGACGCAGACAUCGAGUCCUGGGGGGGGAGGUAGCGAAGGUAGGGGCGGGGGUGGAUGGGGAGGGAAGCUGUCGGCCCUGCUGCACGUGCACCGAGGCAGCCGGGCCAGCAGUCGCAAGUCCUCUCGGGCCAGCGACGCCAGCGAUAUCAGCGAGCUCGGGACAGCUUCUGCCUGGCUAUUUCCAAACCUACCUCUGCUGCUACUCUCCGGCGCCGCCGGGACCCACGAUGACCUGCAGCCCCCUGCCCUGACUGUGUCCCGCCCCUCGCCUACCACCGAGCAACCUUCUGCCGCCUCCAGUUCCGGUUCCGGAUCGGAAUCGCACGCCGCUGUCAGAUCGUCCGGAGCGACGUUGGGUCGACAGGACGCGGUCGAGUCUUACACGGACGAUGAUGUCCUGAGUCCACCGACGUCGAAACGGGGCUCCCUGCGACCCAGCGGAACCGUACUCUCGUUGAACAUGCUGCAACGCGACAUCAAGGACGCGUUCAACAGAAGAUGCGGUAGCCUGAGAAGAAGACCGGUUCCGGAACCCGUCCAACUUCCCAUUGCGGACGGUAGUGACGUCAGUAUUCUCGUGACCGAACCAAGUCCGGAAAAUACCGCGCCACCCAACAGACCGCCCCUUCUGAGACAGCAAUCGGAGGCAACGGUCGUUCACGUUCUUGUGCACAGAGAAAGUGAGGAGUAUCACGUAUCACCCGACGACAGCUGAUCCCUGCAUAAUAGCGAGGAUGUGACACAGGAACCUGACGGGGAGAACAGGCAAGAAGACUUGAAUCGUAAAUAGUAAUAUCUUUUCAAUUAUCGUAGUUAUAUUACACUUACAUUGUAUACCUAGAUUUAUGACGGAAAAUGGGCUCUCGAAGCCGAUUACCAGGGGUAAAAAUUAAGUCGACGACGCGCUGAGGUGUGAUUCGUGUUUAUACUACGUUGAAAAUAUCCGCGUAGGGAUGCGGAUAGGCGAAGAUAAUAAAAUAAGAUUUAUCAAUUAUUCCGUUUAAUCGAGGCAGUAAUUCACCGGAUCUAUUAGCCCGUAGAUUUUUUUCCAAUUAAAAUAUCCAGGGCUUGUGAGGUCAGCGAUGUCGAGGAGGGAACUAUACUCCCAAAAUUAUCGAUGAAACUAUCUUCUAUACGACGACCAGUGGUUGAGAAUCUGUAGCCGAUUUAUCCAUAUUAAUCCUAAUCAAUUUUUCAACUUAUCAGCUUUUAUUCCCAAAGACCCUUUUUUAUUAUUACGAAUGAAAGUUAGACCUCCUAAGAAAUAAGGGUAAAAGAAGCAACCGAAGAAAUUUGAAAUUCACGGCGAAGAUAUACGCAUAGAUUAUGUACCGCGAUAUAAUAGUAUUGCAUAAUUUGCAAGCUUAGAUUGCUUAGAGUUUGUCGCAAAUAUUGAUGAGUGUUUUUUAUUAUAAAAGAAAAAGAACAAAAAAGCAAACAAAUAGUACAUACUAUAUUUAAAUAUAUAUGAAACUACUGCCUCAAAAUUAUUAUAUCUAGCGUAGAAUAAAUGAAAGCGUAUAUAUGAAUAAUUUUUAUUGAUUUUUGUCCUUAUUAUUUUUCCCGAAGGAAAAACGUUAAGACAAAACGAUCCGCACGCGCAUUUAUAUAAGUAAAUGAUAAAAUCGUGAUAAGAGAAACAAAAAAAAAGAAAAAAAAAAUAAUUACAAAUCUACGAAAAAAUAUCUCAGAGUUUGAAACGGGGUGUCGAAAAUGUCCACGCACCUUAUAUUUCGCACUGUACCUUUGCUUUUCAUAAAAGAAGGAUAUUUUUUGGAGCGAUAAAAAGAGACUGUUGCAGACGUAACGUCGCCCCGUUUCAACUUCGCGAUAUUACGGUCUGAUAUAAGCUUACGACUUUUUUUUAGAAGAACCGAACCGGUGAGACGAGAAAAUAAGAAAAAAUAAAAAAUCAGGAAAAGAAAGAAAGAGAACGUACGUCAUUUAUAACGAAUGUGAACACUUGCGUACAAUCUUACGCGUUUGAGCAGGGCGUACUCGCUUGAAACAUGAGACACAUAAUACACAUUUGUGCAACAGACAUUUCGUGAUUAAAUUAACACAGUUAAGUAGGUGUAGCUAAUUAGAUGAAGGACUGUUACGAUCGUGGUUCUAUCGAUGCCCAGCUGAGUGACCACACAGAUCACCCGAUAAGAAAUAAAAUUUGCAUAGGUCGUUUCGCGGGACAACGAAUUUUUUCAAAAUUAACAAAAGUGAUUGAAAACGAAAAAAAAAAAAAACAAACAAACAAUUAUUCAACGAGUAAAAAAAGGGAUAAGGAAUUCGGCUUAUCGGAGCUCAAUUCAACUUGUUACUCGAAUGUGAUGAGAAUAUUUUUAAUUAUUAUUAGAACAAAAAAAAAAAAAAAAAAAAAAAACGACAAAUGUUACGUGGGAUAUGGUACUGGAACGUUCGUUGAAAUUCGAUGAUAUUUCUCGAAUAAUCAUCGUUGACUUUAUGAAAACAAUUACGUGCGUUAUCCCUCUGAACUGCGUUGCCCAGUUACGAAUGCUUUGUACAUAUUUGAUGUGAUAGGGUUGAAUCAUACGUGAAUCUGUUCGUUAUUUAAUAACAAAGAGAAUUAUGAACGAAGCGAAGUUAAAUUCCGGUGGACGUUUAUCAGGGAGAAAUAUUUUGGAAAGGUUUCAAGUGCGCCGGAGAAAUGCGGAUAUUACUUUUUUCCACGAGUAGGGAAUCAACUGUAGGGGUCGUUUCCAAUGAGGAGAUUUUUCGAAUUAUUUCAAAAGACGUAUUUUUAUGCUUUCGCAAAGUCUCAUUAGCGUUACGCCUCAUUCACGGAGAUUUUUUCGAGGAAAUUCCGUUCGUCGUAGCCUUGUAAGUGUCGAGUAGAUUUUUCAAUUAUUUAGAAGUAUAAGAGAAAAAGACAAACACGGAAUGCGAGUAAAAAAAGAGAGUAGAAACGGAGAGAAGAAAAUAAAUAAAUCUGCGUCGUCCCUUGGCUGGCUCUCAAUCACGAAACAUAUUAAAUAAUAAAAUAUAAGUCAAUUAACGCUAACACAAAUUAAGACGGAGAACGUGGUAUAGACAUAAAAAAAAAAAAACAAAAAGAAAAAUAUGACGAAGAAAAAAAGAAGAUAAGAAAAUUAAAAAAUUGUACAAUGUUUCAAUUCUAUUGCGAUGAUGUAGAGAAAUACUAUUACGAAGGGGCAAUGAAUCGCGAACAAUCUAUAUGUAAUUGUAUUAUACAUUAUACCUAUAAUACUGAAAAAAAAAAAAAAAAAACAGACAAAAUAACAAUUAUUAAUUACUUGAAUAUGGUAAUGUCUCAAAACUGUACAAUCAUGCAGGUGCUUCUAGAGUGCCGUAGAUCAUUUAGACUACAUUAUAUACAUAUAUGUAUAUUUAUAUCAUAUAUAAUAUGUUGCGUUAGUAUACAAUAUACAUAAAUUGUAACGAAAAAGACACUAAUUGCUAAACUAAAGAGUUCUAACGAUAAUUGAGAUUAUCAUAUGUUAUAUAAAUAUACCUAUAUACAUGUGUGUAUAUAUGAGAAUAUAUAUUUUAAAAAAAGGAAAGAAAUUAGAAGGAGUUAUACGCGUACUCGUAUAGGAGUAUAUCAAUUAGUAUCUUGCGGUAUCGAUUUUUCGGUAUCUGCGAUAUAUUAAUAUUCGUAUAAACGCUCUCUCCUUUGAAAUCGUUUGCGAUAUGGUAAGUAAAUUGGAACGAUUAUCUCGAUCAAUAUCUGACAAUAUAAUGUACAUUUAGAUAAUCGAUUUAACCGAAUACAUUAUUCGUAAACUUGUACGAUAAAGUGCAGUGGCCACGUCUCGACAGGGUAGAUUUUUCUCUGUCUUCCGUUCCCGAUGAAAAGGUACGAUCGCGGCGCACUCUUCGUCUUUCAUUUGGGACAAGGGACGAAUUAUAAAUUCCCUCUCCAGCCGUACCUGCUCCGAAAUCACAAGUUGAUCAAUCAAACGUUUCCAAUCAUGAUAAGAAAAAUUUAUUUAAAUAAUGCAUUUCCUAGGAGACGCGCGAAACACGAUAACGAGCUUGAAGAAAGUUGAAAAAAAAAUAAUUCAGAAAACAACAAAAAAUACAAGAAAGAUAGAAAAAAGGAACAAAAAAAAACGCAAAACAAAUAUACCGAAAAAAUUUGAAAAAAAAUUAAUCAAUUAAUUAAACGAAGAAAUUAUCUUGCGAAGCAUGAAAAAAUUGCAAAAGAAUUUGUCAUUGUCAUUCUUUUUAUUACCUUCGUUAUUAUUGUUCUCAUGAUUUUUAUUACAACUGUCAUUGGUUUCCCUUCUAUCAUUAGUAUUACCUACUGUAAUGGAGUAAAUAAAUGAAUCGUAGAAACCAUAAACAUAAUAGCAUAUCAACGAAUGAAAAUCACUAUUCUUUACGUAAAUCUUUCUACGAUAUAUCGGGGAGUACGCGAUCAAAACGGAUAUUAAUACGGAAAAAAAGAAUAAUUAUUCAGAGAAUCCUUCAACACAUAAUUAUACGUAAUAAUAGUAUGUACAACUAUUUACAUUUUCACCUUUAAAUACAAAAAUAAUAAUAUUAUUUAAUGAAAGUGAAAUGAUGAAUAAUGAACAAAUGGAUACGUAUGAAUAAAUUAAAUUUGAAUAUAAAUGAAUAUAGAUACUCGUAAUUGCGUAGCAUUUUUACCGAUUAAAUAACCUUUAUACUUAUGCAUAUUAUUAUACUAUGUGUCGACCAUAAAUUCCAAUUUUCAAAAGAAUAAAACAACAACAACAAAAAAUAGUAACAAAACGAAAUAACUGUUCGGAGCAAUAAUGAGGAGAUAAAAUAAAGAAAUGAAUAAACCGAAAAAACAUCCCUUGAUUCGCUUCUUUCGUAAUGUAUUUUAUACAGCUACAAUUCAUGCGUAGAAAAAUGCACCGGUUAUUAUGUAAAAUCAUUCCUCGAAUAUCCAGAUAUACGUAAAAUCUUCCUCUAUACAUAUACCUAUAAUAUCAGCAAAUUAAUCGCAAGAAAAAAAAUUAUAAAUAUUAAUAAAAAUAUUAGGGCAAAAACUAAACCGUAAAAAAUGAUACAAUUAGUAGUUCGGAUCUAAAUUGUUCUGACGGUGUACUCCUCAGUCUAUACACGAUCUAUAAUCUAUAUCUAUAUUACAUACACUAAUGACAUAUAUUAUUUGUAUGAUGUCUAUAUUUUUCGUUCAUUUAUAUAUACCUACGUACGACAUUUGCAUAUUUCAAUCGAUAUACACAUCAAUUGUAAAUUUCUGAUAAUUAUAUGAAAAACAUAUACAUUAUAGAGUUACGGGCUGACGACGCCGAAAUGUAAUUGGUUUACGUGGCAGACAUUGCAGUAUACCUACGUACCUAUACUUAUGUACUAUACGUAUAUUUCUCGGGCAUAUAACAUACAUAUACGAUUUCUACGAUUAUCCUUUAAAGCAGAAUAAAAAAAAAAAAAAAAGAUACAAGAAGCAAAAAAAACUACAAAACUGAAAACCGAACGAACGAAAUUAAAAAAAAAAUCGUCAAUUUAUUCGAUCAUUUCGAUUAUACAGUGAAUCAAUUCGAAAACUAUAGAAAGUAUUUCUGAAAAACUUAAAAAUUAACAUCUCUGCGUCUUAUGAAAAUUGAUGUAAUCAAAAUCUUUCCUUCGCUCGUUCCGGAUGAGAUGAUCAAAAAUUUUACAUCUCAUACCGCGAUAAUCGAUAGCUGCAACUAUAAAUGCUUUUGUCAUAUAUAUACCUAUCUAAUUCCGAACUUGAUGUCAUUUUGAACCUUAAUAAUUUCGCGAAUCCAACCCCUGAGAAAACCUCGCGUGUAUCGGACGCCCUGCUGACAAAGACAAGAAAAAAAAAAAAACAGAAAAACAUCCAAAAAAUUUAAAUUAAUGAAUAAAAGACAAAGAAAAAUAGAUGUAUAUACACGUAAUAUAUUAUUGCCUACCCCAUAGCCGAAUCAUACUGUAUUAUAUCUAUAGUAUUACGCAUUCUUGAUUCCAUGUAAGCUCGGCGUACGUAAAAAACAUAUAAAAUUCGCGAUCGUAAGACUAUGCAUAAACGAUUUACCUAAAUAAGUUAAAUUUUCUUUCGAGUCUGCAAUAUUAUUAGCAUUGUCAUUAUUCUAUGCAUCAGGUUAUUAUUCAAGAGCGCAAUUCGUAUUCAAUAAACGAUACAAUAAACGAUAAAACGAAACAAAAGGAAAAAUAAAUAGAUAAAGAAGAUUUUGGACUAGUAUAAAAUAAUAAUAUAAUAUAGAUAUUAUACGAUUUUCAUUUAGGAGAGAAAAAAAAUUUCUACAACGGUGAUGUACACCUAUGGGUGAUCGUUCGAACGGAUAGCAAGAGAAACAAAAAAGAAGUUAAUAAAAAUUUGUGUUUUAGCUUAAUUCAUAUACUUAUUAUAGUUAUAUACGUAUGUUAAGAGGUAUAAUGGCAUUGACAAUAUUUACCACAAAAGAUAUGAAAUAGAAAAGAGAAAAUUAAAAAAAUUAAAAAAUAAUAAGAAGAAAUUAAAUAAAGAUUGAAAAAGAGAGAAGAGAAAAAAGUAAAAAGUAAAAAAAAUGAGAUAAAAAAUUCUAAAUAAAGUUGUACGAAAUCUACAAUCAAAGGCCUAUAUUACAUGUAACGUUAGCGGAUGUGGCGUUAAUUAAUGUCUUCAUAUUAAUAAUUAAAAUUCAUUCGAUUAAGAAUACCAGACAAAACAAAGUUUCUACCGUAUCAUUUGAUAUAAUACAUACUAUCACUAUUAUUAAUAUUCUAUAGUUAUUGGUGACAAAGCAUGUGCUAUACAUGUACAUGCAUUCCUGUUCCCAAAAACGAAAUUUUCGAACGAAUGAGUGAAAGUCCUGCAAAGUACAUUUUCGUUGCCGAUGCAGCUGUAGUAUUCUCAGUUAAAUGAUUUCUGUAGAAUUAAGUAGGAAUUUAGUGGCCAUAAGGCUGUGUCCGAUAAAGAAAUCAACAAAUUAUAAGCCCGUGCUGACGAACGGGACCGAAGCAAGGACUCAAGUUUCGUGAUAAUAUUUAAAAAAGAAAAACCUAAUACAAACAUAAUAAAUAUCAUAUGGCAAUGCUAUCACGAUGAGAUUAGUUGAGAUAUUUCGAAGAUCGUUAAUUCUCUUUUUGUUUCUAGCAAAGACAAAAUGGUAAUCGAUAUGCACGAGCUUCGAUCUCCAUUCGUUCGGCACUUACUAAUUGUUGAUAUCAAAGUGGAAUUUGAAUAGAUUACUAUCCAUUUCUUUCUCGAUAAUGUAGGUAUAACGUGACGAAGGCAGGGGCUUGAAUGAAAAUCCUAUCAAAUAGUACCUAUACAAUCGAUUUCUAAUUUGAAAUAAUAUUUGAGAAUCACAUACUUAUACAUAGUGGACCGUGACUGUCGUAAAGAUAUAAUACACACACACACACACACUACGUAAGGACUAAUAACUAAUGAAUAACUAUAUAUAUAGAUUAAAACCGUAUAGAGAUAUGAUAUUGUAAAUUAUGAUUAUAUUGAAUUUAUAAAAUAUUAUAUUAUUACAAACAGGUUUUGUUAUAGGCAUACGACAUGGUAUGUGUUUGAGCAAUUUGGAGCGAGCAUUAAACUUACGCACACGUAAAAUUCAUAUUAUAAAUACCUACAUUGAAAUGAAGAAGUUUGAACAGAUCAUUACCAAUAUUAUUAUUGUUAAUGAUAUUAUUGAUAUAAGUAUUGUUGUUAUUAUUAUUUGACGAGUACGUAAUGAUUUUCAUUGUCUCGUACUGAUUUAUCUACAUUAAUGCUGUACAUACAAGAAUAUAAUAUCGUGCGUACGUUUUGCUCAAGCAUGUGUAGAUAUUGAAUUAAUUCUUGUUGGCUUGUGAUAAAAAAAUAAUUUACUCGAGGAUUUACGGAUGGAAAUUAGUGCGCGUUGAACAUUUUUAAUAUAUUACACAAAUAUAUAUAAAUAUAUAUAUAUAUAUAUAUAUAUACAUGUAUAGGUAUAUUAGUUUUAUCAAAUAUGUUGAAUACGUAUAUGUAAUAUUAAAUAGGUAUAUUCAGCAUUCCAAAAUUAGAUCAUACGGAUAAUUAUAGAUAUUGUUAUAUUAAUUAUUACUUAUACGAUUAAAUGUCACUUAAUCUGUCCGUAAAUCGUCAGGAGUUUCGAUCCCUUUUGGGCGUCUCUAAAAUAUGAGAUGAAAAAUGAAUAUUAAUGAUAAUACAGAAUAUCUGUCUUUGAGGGUGUUAGGAUCCCAACUCUGAAACCUAUCGGAUUCUAAUUUCUGUUAUACAUUCAAGAUUGGCGACCGAAACGCAACGGCAAAACUACAUCUCGGGGACUUUGGUAGAUCGAUCUUACAGGAUGAUAAAAAAAAAUAAGAAAGUAGAAUUCGGAUCCUAUAAUCGUCGAGGAUAGAUAAUGAAAAAAAUAAAUCAGCAAUAUUAUACGCGGAGUAGUAAUUUAGUCAGAUAUUUUAUUAUAUAUUACUAUUAAACUCAGUAAAUGAUA